AUUGCACACGGGAUAAAAGGGAAAAAAUAAGGCAAAAUAAAAUUUCCGAGUCAAUCUUCGUCCCAAAUUCUGAUGACUUGUUAGGGAUUCACUUUGCUCUUCAGUUCCCAUGGCAAAAUCAGAAUUAUCAAAUCAGAGAAGCGAACGAAAGCUCCCACCAUCACCAAGACCAGCACCAUGGCUUGUCAUCCCGCACGGAAAAAAUCGUAAGUUUCAGACUUUCUUAAAUAUAAUUGACCAUCCCUUGAAGAAAUCGUAUGAAAAAUUCAUACCAGAAUUGAGUGGAAAAAGAUUUUGGCAAAAAAAUUCUCAUCAAGGAUGGUUGAUUAUUGGGUGCUUUGAGGAUGAUGAUCCAAAUUUCAAUAAUGGAGAUUGUUUUCUGUGGAACCCUAGUUCAUUAGAGAUUAUUAUGUUACCUAAUAUAGAACAUUUCAAUCAAUUAGAUGGAUAUCGUAUCCAAGAUUGUCUCUUAUCUUCACCCCCUCAGAGCAGCAGCUGCUGCAGUAUUGGUAGUACUAAUGAAGAUGAUGGUUCCAUGGUUUAUAUCCUUUAUAAUGGAGGUAAAAAGCCUGACAUUCUUAUAUAUUGUCGCCCUGGUGAAAAAGAAUGGAGAAAACAUGAGUUCGUUGAUGCGGUUCAAAGUCUUAAAUCAAUGUUUUAUUUUAAGGGUAAGUUGCACAUAAUGUGUUUGUGCGAAGAACUCUUAGAGAUAACUGUACAAUGUGGUUCUGGACCUUCUGGUAUUGAUGAUGAUGAGGAGACACUCAGCCUCAGUAUAAGCAUAUUGAUUACCAACGAUGAGGACAGUUUAUGCAAGUCAGAAGAUGUAGGAGGAAGUUUGGUAUGUAAACGUCACACAUAUUAUAUAGAGUCUUUUGGUGAAGUUUUUAGAAUCAACAGGUAUUACAUUCAAAGAGGUUGUUAUGAGCACUUUGUAACCAAAAUUGUUGUGUCGAAAUUGGAUUUUGAUUCAUUGACUUGGGAGGAAGUGAAAAUUUUGAAUGACUAUGUCUUCUUUAUAGGAUAUAGAGAUACGCGACUGUCUUGCUUGGCAUUGGAUUUGGGUUUAUCAAAGGGUUGUGUGUAUUUUACACUAAAAUGUGAUCUGAGCUUGUACAAGUAUGACCUGGAAGAUGAAAGCAUUUCGCUUUCUUUACCAUGUCCUGAUGCACCAGCGCCAUGGUUGUCGCCCAGAUGGCUGAUGAUUCCUAAAAGUUCGAGGGUUGAUGAUAGUAGAACAACAACGCACCUUACGCUAGGUAAGGAUGAAGACAUAGAAAAAGUUAUUAAGGCAACGGAAAACAGAACUAGCACCAAAGAUAAGGAUGACCAGAAUAAGGAUACUGAACAUGCAAGACUAUGGGUCAAGCUUAAUGAUGAUAUAGUGUGGACUAUAUCAAAUUUUCUUCAUACACUGGAUUAUAUACAUUUACGUGCAGUUAGUAAAAAAUAUCGAUCAGUAUUAGACCUGAAAAGAUACUCUUCUACUAGGACAGUACAGAUCACAGAUAUAUCCCCGUGGCUGUUUUCCCCAAAGUUUGAUCAAGCUGUUUACAAUUUUGUAAACCCAAUGCAUGGUAAUGAGAACUACCUCAUGAACAUCCCAGAAUCGUUAAAAGGUGCUAGAAUUCGAUUCUCGAAAGGUGGAUGGUUGCUCAUGUCAAAACAUAAGAGUUUGUUCUUCUGCAAUCCGUUCACGAAAUCAACUGUCAGACUUCCAGACUUGCCAGAUUUUCAUGGUUAUAGCUUCACGGGUAUCUCAUUCUCAUCCUUACCGACUUGUUCAGAUUGUUUUGUUUUUGCCAUCGAUAAAGAAUUAUUCAGGGAUCAAGUUCAUAUCUUUUUCAUUAAGCGGGGAGAUGAAGGCUGGUCAUACAAUAUAUUCGAUAACGUUUAUUUGCUUCCCAAUAAGAUAAACAUGAAGUUCGAGCUAACUCUCAACAACCCAGUUUUCUACAGAGGAAGAUUCUAUUGCUUAGACCACAACGGAACAUUGGGAGUAUUUAAAUACGAGCACCCAAACAGUAGUUGGCAAAUUCUAUCCACGCUAAUGCCCCCUAGUUGUGGAUUUAUUUAUGAUAGUUUCUUGGUGGAGUGUGAAGGGAAACUGUUAUCUGUGUUACUAGGGCGAUUAGGAAAUUGGGUUCGCAUUUUCAGAUUGGACGUUGCUAAAUUGGUCUGGGUUGAAGUUAAGCAUUUGGGGCGGCAUACGUUGUUUCUUAGCAAUGAAUCAUGUAUCUCAGCACUUGCUCCUACGAGUCAAAUGGAGAACAAAAUCUACUUUCCGAGGUUGCAUAACGAAGGAAUUUUGUAUUAUUCUCUUGAUACUGGUAUGUAUCACUCUCUUGGGAGUAGACAUUCUGCUAAAGAUUUCCGUGAUUCAAAGGAGAAAUUACACUGCAGUUGGAUAGAACCUAAUUGGUCAGAAAUCUCAGAUCACCAUCUCGACUGGCUUAAAAUCUGAACGCUGAAAUCCUGUAGUAUGGAUACUUCCAUUUUUAUUUUGCUUGUUCCGUAUUCUGUGUCCGUAUCCAAACUGGUAUAUUUCUGCGGAUGAUUUUGUGUGCUUUACACUUUGCCUUGCAAAGUUGCAAUUGCUUAAUGUAAAUGUCAAAUUUUGUAUUCUCAUUGCAUUUUCUUACUGUUAACCAAGCUCCUUGAA